AUGGCGUUCAAGCACAAACUCAACUGGUCAUACUACAAAAAUAUCUCGACAUUUAUCCAACUUAUCGUAUUUUUAUUAUUAUCUUUAUGUCCAUUCUUACAGAUUCACGCAUCUACUCAUGAAACCUGGCCCUGGUUAGCAUAUAUUCCGUCGCUGAAUUGUACUGGCGCGAUUGUACACAACAGAUGGAUGAUCACUGCGUCGAAUUGCUUCCUAAACAAAUCAAUCCCAUCGGAAUUAUUGGUUCAAGUUCAGGAUUUCAAUUCAGCCGGGAAAGUGCAAGGUAUAAGACAGCUUUAUGUCAUCGACUACACGCGAGGUAGUUCAACACAUGGCUUCACAAUGCUAUACCUGUCGCACACUGCUCCGUCUUUGACCGAAAACGUGGUAGCAAUGCGCGCAAAAAAUGCUAAUAUGGAUAAUAUAACUGGCAUCGUUCUGAGCUGGGAUUCAAGGCGCGCGUUUGACGCAAAUGAUGUUAAUAUCUUCGCGUUGUCUGUUGAUAUUGAACCCUGCGUUGGCAAUAGCACUCGUCAUAUUUGUGUUUCGUUGAGUAAACAUUUAGCUGGUAGUUCAAGUAUCCUUCAAUAUUGCUCAAGCACGAGUCUCGGAAGCUCAUUAGUUACGAUAGACGAGAAUGGUCUAGUCUCAUUAGCAGGGGUGCUGCACGUGAGAUCUGCUUGUCAACCACACAGCAAUUUCAUAGGAAGUUUCCUUCGUGUAGAUUACCGAAGGAAAUGGAUUCGACAACAAUUUCGAAUACAGGGUAUGUAAUUAUAAAUUAUGUUUGUAUUUGCGUUGAAAUGACCUUAGACCUUUUGCAAAGUUGUUGAUUGUAUUGAGAUGCAUUUACACGAUAAAAUUGCGCCAUAAAAAACCUAUUUGAUACGGUACUCUGUGUACUCCGGUUUCGGCCUGUAGUAACACCAGACUUUCGAGCAGAUAGAACUAUAGUCAGCGUAAAUAAAGCUAGUUCCUCCAGUAGGCCUAUUAACACUGAACAGCCAGAACCAAUAAUCGAUGAUCCUUUUCGAAUCUUUAGAAAGAACUGUUUAGAGGCUUUAGAAAUGGUAGACCCAUCCAGAAUAGAUAUAGAAAUAGUUCAGUGUAGGUUUCGUUCUGUUGCAACGCUAGACGUAUUAUAAAUGCCUUACUGGACAUCUAAGAAAACAGUUUAUAGAAAUGGACAUUUGCAUUAUAGACUAAAUUUUGAUCUAGACAAAAAUUUCAUCAUAGCAUGAAAGAGCAUCACAAAAUUAGUAAUAUUCCGAAGUUUCGUUGCGAUGUGUUGUAAAAUGCGGAUAAUAUAGCUUUGCGAAGUUUGCCGUUUUUCAGUCAUUUUGUAUUACGCACGGGAAAUUGACAGCCCAAUCGCGUGUUGGGGCAUCAAUUUCCCGUUUGUAAUACAAAAUGACUGAGAAUUGCAAAUUUCGCAAGGUUAUAUUAUCCGCAUUUUACAACAUUUCGCAACGAAACUUUGGAAUAUUACUAAUUUUGUGAUGCUCUUUCAAGUGUGAUGAAAUUUUUGUCUAGAUCAAAAUUUAGUCUAUAAUGCAAAUGUCCAUUGAUAAAGCUAUUCUCGCUAUCCAGUAUAAGUAUUAAAGUUUGUUAAGUUUAGGUUUCCUGCCGCAGUAAUACCAGAUCUAGAAAUGUGAUAUUCAAAGUUUCUCAAUUCAAUCGAAUAUACAGUAGCCCAAGGGCAUGUAAAAAAUUACUGCAUCAUUGUAUCGCUGAAUGCGGUCUUAAUCGAUUGAAUGUAUCAUCUACUCAAUUCAUGUGAAUGAAUGAAUACUAUUGUGUGUAAACGAGAUAUGUUUAAUGUGGUUUAACCCUUAAUCUAUAUCACUUUGACCUGCUUUUGCUUAAUUUCCUUUAAACGGAAGCGAAAACCGCAUUUAGGGCAUGGCCAUAGGUUUUAAAUUUAAAAUUUCAAAAAAUUAUACAAAGUCAUAAAAUUCGAUGCAAGUUGGAAUGCGCUCAAUUUCGUUACGAGAUUGGAAUGUGCUCGGUUUUUCUUUCAGGAAAAUGAAUGCUAAAAAUAAACUACACGUUGACGGAUGAUUCUAAACCUGCGAAAUUCGUGCAGAAUCUUAAGUAGUUAUUGAUGAGACUUAUGACAGAGUGGACAGACUUAUGUCAUGCAUAGCGAUACAGAUCUUCCAGUAACAGUAAUCAAUAAAGUUUUGCAUACCAAUAAGAAAUCUUCAAACUUCAGCUUUAAAUUUUGUUCACCAUUAAAUCAUUAAUGCCCUCGGUGAUUUCAUUUAUCUUUGCUUCAUUCAUGGAAUAAUGAGUUAAUUGCUAAUUAAUUGCUUAAUUAACGAUAAUUAAGUUGCACAUUUUUUUCAGUCAUCACCAAGUUUGUCGUUGUUUAGACUGAUUACCAGCGUGACGUCUUUUUCGAAUAAGAAAUCUUAUUACACUACUGUAGUUUUUGCGCAACUUUAAAAUUGGGAAAACUGGAAAUAUUGUUCCCUAUACAUUUACAAAUUCCAAUGUUCCCCGUUUGCACUGAAAGCAAUAUUUUUUACUGGUUCUCCACAGCGGACAAACUAAAAAAUUCCUUGAGCCUCGCAGUAACAUCAGCAAAAAAUUAAACACUUGGGGCCUGUUGUUUGAAAGCCGAUCAUCGUAACCCUAGGUUAACCUAAUAUUCAAAGUAAACUUUCCAACAGCUUGUAUAUAAAUUUGGAAAUAUUUCUUCAGAAAUCAGGGGCCAGUUGUUCAAAGCUGGGUUAGCUUAAAGGCACAGUUCAGCUUUUUGAACGAUGGUUUUUAAGGCGCAUUUCAGCCCUUUUAAUUGAAAAAACUAACUGGGAAAAUCAAUUAAGCAUAAUUCAAAAUCAGUAAACUCGAUGUUUUUAACAAUAAAAAUGUUUUAAAAUGUUAAAAACAUUCGAAGUUUGGUGACCUUGAAUUAUGCUUAAUUGAUUUUUCUGGUUAGUUUUUUCAAUUAAAACUGAUUUAAAAGAGCUGAAAUGCGCCUUAAAAACCAUGUACACUAUGUAACACUGUUAACACUCUGUAGCACUGUGUGACACUAUGUAACAAUGUGUAACACUUUGUAACACUGUGUAACACUAUGUAAGAAUAUGUAACAUUGUUUAACACUGUGUAACACUUGUAACUGUGUUACAACUGAGUGCCAUAAUAAAGCCACCUUAAAUCGUGCAUGGUAUAAAAACAACCACCAGAAUUUCGAAGCAAAUAUGUUUCCCAACAAAUGCUGAAACAUAUUUCGUUUCCAAAGUGUGAUUUUUGUGCAAACAUUGUUUCCUAGUUUAUCAAUCUUUGGGAAUCAGGACGAAGAAACAAUCUUCUCACGUCAAAGAUUCCAUUCCUUUUUUAGACUAUCCUCAAUGCCGGCCGAGUGUAUAUCGGACAUUAGACGAGCCUUCCCGAGACUUGAGAAAGUCACGUGACAGCCUCAGUGUCCCAUGUGACACAGAAUUACCACGUGCAUGGUAUAGAUUUAAACUGGAUGGUCAACCAGCGCAACUUCCAACAGUGUGUCCACCCUCGAAUGCCUGUGGUACCUGGUCCUCUGUAUGGCUCCCAAAAGCUGAUGGUAUUGAACUUGGAAAGCAAGUGGAAAUCAAGGCUUGUGCUUCGUGGACCAUCGCAAGUCGUCGUAUUUGCUGUUUCUGGAAGUUGUCAGUUUAUGUUCGACAUUGUGGUGACUUUAAAGUGUAUCGAUUGAGAAGAACUGAUUUUUGUCCAACAGCGUAUUGUGCUGAUGGUAAGUGAACCUGCAAACAAGAUGCUCCACGCCCAGCCUCGACUCGUGAAAAGCCGUCACCCGAACCAAAAACAUGGCCUAGGGUAUUAAGAUCUUAAGAACACUUCAGUGUUCAAUACAGACGCUAUGUUUGCCUUCCAAUUGCAUAAGCUCAACCAUAUAAAGUAAUCUAUAUGAUCGAACGUAGGUAGUGAUCAACUCGAAAGUUUAUGCUCCUUUGAUCACUACGCACUUUCACUCCACUAAAUUAAGUUGAAAUUAUUAAUUCGAAACUUAAUUAUUUGUAAAAUUUUAUAUACAUUUUCCUUUUUUUUCUGUGCUGGUGUUGUGUACUCAGGUGAAUAAUAUGUUUGUGAUGUUGCUCUGAGUGCAUAUCCACACCGGGCGAGCUUGAAAAAUAUGCCCGGCCACGGUGGCCCAUACAUUUUCCUUGUUUUGUAAAUAGUGCAGUUUCUGAAUAAAUCUUAAAUCUCGUUUAAAAACGCGUUCCAGUUCAAUUACAACGCAAUUUAAAAAAUGCUAUAGGUCAAGGAGCGCAGUUUGAACCCAACGUCUGAGUUUUACUGUUGACAGUAAGAAAUAGCUUACGUUGCCUUCGCCAUGAUUUUUCACACACCCCCCCCCCUUUUACUUCCGUGUUUUCCAGUGACUAUAAUGCCAUUCAGUGUUGUCAGGAAGAAUCCCACUGUUCUCCAUGCCAUCUAAACAGUCACUGUUUUACUAUGGUAUUUAUUUUUUCAUUUUAGUGGCAAAUGGUGUUUGUGGGCCGGGCCAAACCGGUUAUAAACCAAAUUGCAAAGGUAAAUAUAAGGUUUCUCGCUAUACAGAUGCUACGUCCUGUCAUGGGUUGUGUCUGAACUACCUGGAUAUAAAGAUAUCUCGAACGUGGAAGUACAGUGUGGGUAGUACAAUAUUCAAUAAGUUGCUGUGCUUUGUGUCUGAAUUACAUGAAAAACAUCUCCAACGUGUAGGGGUCCAGUGUAGGUAGUAUUUUACAAUAAGGUAUCGUGGUUUGUGCCGGAACUACCUGAAAAAUAUAUCUCAAACGUGGAGGUCCAGUAUAGGUGGUGUUCUACAAUAAGCUACCGUGGUUUGUGUCUGAUAUACCUGAACAAGGCUUUUUAAAACGUUCUUUGACAUUUUCAACAUUUUGAGUGUUGGCCCUUCGUUAUGAUAGGAACCAGGAGAUAUGCCUGAAACUCAAAUAUACAAAGUUUUUUUCUUCCUAUACUCAUUUUCAUGCAGUUCAAGCCACUGCUAGUUAACAUUAUUCUAAAAUAUGAUCUUUGAAUCAACUGUUUUAGAUGCAUAUCCAAAAUUACCGAAAGUCCUGCAGUUCUAUCCAUUCCACGCUUACCAAGGCAAGCCCAAGCAGCCCUAUGUUUAUCUUCGUUGUAUACUGUACGGUGCAAAGAGAGAUGUCACUGUCAGAUAUUUGUUUCAUCUGUACAAAAUAAAGAAAGAAAAAGAUGGGAAAGUGCGGAAGAGUGUAGUUCAUAGAACUGAAACCACGCGCAAAUAUUCUGAUGUGCGACUUAUACCAGAGAGAUGUCCUGUUGGAUUUGGAGAUACGGUAAAAUAAGCUAACUUUCUGCUAAACUAACUAACUAAGCACCGUGCCAUCACGAGCCCUUCUUGAACAUUGUAUAUGAUUUCUGUAUAGGUCAUUUGCGAAGUUCGAUCGUUUUUCCAAGCAACAAGGAAUGUCAGGAGUCCAGCGUUGGCGAGUCAAGAUUAUCACCUUGGAAUAGAGGUACUCUCUAAAUAACCUCAUAGUACCCAUACACAGAACAUUCUUGUUAUGGUAUAAGGGAAGGACCAACAUUAUUUUUAUUUCAGGUUCAGCCUUCGUCUGCAUUGGUUCUUACAUAUCCCAACGUAAUCAGUGUUUCAUUUGCCAUAACGUUGCCAGUUUUAUGUCGCACAAGAGACGAGAGAUGUUCCCUAACGAUACCUCUGACUACCUCUCUUACAGGUAAGUAUUUCAACUUGGAGGUUCAGCUUUGGCCACGGUGUAGAUGUAGGAGAACGUUGUUGCUGAUACUCAUCAGCCUGAGAAAUAGCCUUCGCUCAGAAUAUCGAAUUUCGGAACAAUUUUCUAACGAGUACAUAUCUACAACGGUUUCUAUCAGUUCUAAGUAGUUCCUCCUAGAAGUCCAGUAGGGUCCAAUCUUUAUUGUUCCACUGCUUUAGGGACAGGAGUAUACGGGCAGAUUGUUCAAAAUCCGGUUAGCGGCAGCGCUCUAACCAACUGAGCUACAGAGGCCAGUUGUCGAGCUCUAACCACAAGUUCAUGUAUAUAUAAUAGGGAAUUGUCGAGUGAAAAGUUAUAUACAUUUAUUAGCCCUAACCAGGAACAGAAGCGAAAAUGUAUACUUGACAAUUUCCAUCUACAAUACCCAUCAAAUAUUAUUUAUUCGAGUGAGAUGCCACAAGAAUCUUGGUAACUUAAGAUAUAUCCAGCUAUCAUGAUAUCUUCAAUGUUGCGUUACAGAUGGUACAGCUGGACAGAUGAUUUCUCCUGGAUCUCACUUCACGUUAUCAAAAUGUUCUCUGGUAUUCACUCCCGAACGUUGCAGUCGAGACAAGAUCGUUUGUGGUCGAAACACAAUCCAAAUUCAAGCUGGGAAAAACUUUGAAACUUCUGACCUUAAGUUAAAAAUCGAACUUGGUCCAGUUGUCUCUACCGACUCCGUGUGGAAGGAUCAUAAUUUCUCGGUGAUCGAAGUAAGCUAAUGUUUAUAUGUUUCUUGAAAGUUUGCUUGAGGAUAAAUAAAUAUAUCUCUUGGCUUGUGGAUACACCACGUCAUGGUGAAAACAUACUCGUAGAAAUACACGUAAAAAUACACAAGUCAGUUUUAACAAACCUGCAGCAGACUUGUAGCAGUGCUGUUCCAACAACUUGUCAACAGGAUGUGUUCGCACUGCUUGUUCCCAGCUUGUUCACAAGUUGUCAACGGCUUGUUGACAACUUGCUACAAGGUUGUUGAGCUCAACAGACUUGUUACAAGUUGUUCCAACAACUUGUUACCGUCCUGCAAUUCAACAAUUUGUCAACAAGUUGUGAGUGACAACCUUGUAGCAACUUGAUAAAAUAACGACAUUGUUACAACUUGUUGACAAGCUGAGAAGUUGUGAAAUGUUUACGCGUGUAGGCCCGAAUCUUCAUCAGUGCUAAUAAUAUAUUAUGAUCUGUAGUCACUAUGAUAUUUAUUUGAGAUGCGUAAUUCUGGAUGUCCUAAAUCUGGAUAGUGUCCCGAAAGAAUUUUACAAUGUUGACGAUUGUGCGCGCAUGAAUAUUAGCAUCUGACGAUUAUACCCGUGAUCAUGGAACAAGUUCACGCAACAUUGCCCGACAUCGUUCAACGUUGUAGCAACAAUGCUGGACGACAUUGGGCUUGGUUAGGAUUAGGAUAGGGGGACGGGUCAUUGUUAGGAUAUAUGAGGACAAGGAUUAGGAUGAGACUGUAACUAGGAAUGUAAGACUUACGCCCGUAUUCUAAAAGCUCACUCAUACUCAAUGAGUGGAAGUUCAAUCUGAGCUUCUCUCGAGUGUCAUGGCUGUUUUUGAAUAGCUGGAGGGCUAGUGUCAUACCUUACUAUGUGACUACUCACCCUCCAACUAUUCAAAAACCGCAUUGACACUCAAGGGAAACUCAGAUUGAACCUCCACUCAUUGAGUGUGAGUGAGCUUUUAGAAUACAGGCGUUAGCAAAGAUGUGUAUUUGCAUCCGUGUUAAAUUAAUGACAAAUUAAGAUAUAUUUUCCUCAGGUCACUUUGAAAUCCACGCCACGUUAUUCCUGUUAUUCCGUAUCAGCAUCGAACAUAAGGACUUUUGGAGGAAGGUAUACGAAGUUCCAAUUCCUACAGUCGUUUUAGCCCCAUGCUUAACUAUGUAAUUUCGAUUCUUGUAGUUUCAAUUUCUACAGUCUUUUUUAGCGCCAUAUUAAAUGACUAGUAAUUUCGACUCUUGCAGUUUCUACAAACAUCUUGGAGAAGGAACAUUUCUGUUCUAUCGCAGUAGUUUAUCAUCGACAGAGGUGAGAUUUUUAUUUUGGUUGCCUUGGCUGAAAUCUAAACUACAUGUACCUGAAAACACUGGGAAAAAAGUGAAAUCCAUACUAUGAAAUUUACAAUUGCACCACUAAAUCCAUAGUAUAUCCAUACUAUUUCGAUACUAUAUCCAUACUAUGGAAAUAUACAGUUAUUAUGGAAAAUCAAAAUUCCAAUAAAGGUCCAUUCUAUGACCUUCUAUGGAUUUUCAAAAUUUUUUCCAGUGAAAGUUUUGGCACAAAAGGGUCCGGACGUUAGGUGGCAGUUACCACGAAAUCAAGAGCCUUCGCUCAAAAUGCUGAAGUGUCUUUUAUUUUAGGUAGUUUUGACACAAAGCCAUAGUAAAUAUAAUACUCUCUACACUGGGUUCCCAUGUUUGAGAUAUCUUUUCCAAGUACUUCAGACAUAAGCGACAGAAACUUAUUGUAGAAUACUAAUACUAGACCCCCAUGGUUCAGAUAUCUUUUUCAGGUACACGCGUACGAAUCUCACAACUUGUCAACAAGAUGUGUUCGCAACAGGUUUGUAGCAAGCUUGUCAACAAGUUGUAACGACGCUGUUAUUUUAUCAAGUUGCUACAAGAUUGUCACUCACAACUUGUUGACAAAUUGUUGAAUUGCAGGACGAUAACAAGUUAACUUGUAACAAGUCUGUUGAGCUCAACAACCUUGUGGCAAGUUGUCAACAAGCCGUUGACAACUUGUCCACAAGCUGGGAACAAGCAGUGCGAACACAUCCUGUUGACAAGUUGUUGGAACAGCAUUGCUACAAGUCUGCUGCGGAUGUGUAGAAUACAACCUAUACUAGACCUUACUAUUGAAUUGCGUUUACUCGUACAGGUACAAAUAAAGAAAUGGCAUUGCAAUGGUAUAUCUACUUGUCCUUGCGCAGUCGCAGUACGAGAAGGAAAUGACGUCAUCGUGGCAGAUAUGUGCCAUGGUCAGUACAAACAAUCAAGUUUACGUUUCAUCAUCCGAUCUCAGCUACCUCUACAUAAAAACACCAAGAUACUGGAAUCAAACAAUGGACGAUCAUUCACAGUGAGUCUCAUGCAAGUUAUAUUUUCUGUUUCAAUAGUGUUUUUUAGUUUUUUUUAUAAAUAUCCACGGCGAAUCAGUGGCACACAGUGGUUAAUGCAUAUACUUGAUCUGAUUGGGAUUGAGUUACGGCAAUAUGCAGUUUCUGAUUAUAUUUCACUUCAGUCACAUUGAGAAGGGUACUUCCAGUUUCUACCAAACACUGCAUAUUUCCUCCGAGUGCUCCAGUUUUCUCAUGUACUAACACUGUACCAAUAAGGUAUGUCUCUUACUUGGCCUCAGUUUAAUAAUUGAGAGUUGCUAGAGUUAUCUAGUAUAAAUAAAAUUAGUUUAGGAAUUAGGUUUCCUACUGAAGAAAAACAGAAAAAAUAAGAGAUGGUUCUUAUGGGAUCCCUAGAGGGAAGGAUCUAGUUAAUGAAGUUAGUUCUGUUCACGAUCCCUCCUGUAGUAAUACCAGAAUCAUAUGAGAUAGCCAUUAGUAGACCCUCUAGGGAGAACGGUUCAGGACUGGAACACAGAGAUCCAGUGUUUAAAGUUAUUUGCGUGUUCUUCAUCUGUUCACUUCAGAUCCGGCUUCCAUCGGGUGCACACAUCAACAUUCACGAAUUCUAUUGGGGUAUCAGUAUUUAUCUUUCUGUAACUGAUCUUGGUGAAGGAUUGUGCCGCGGGGCUGUUGCAGCAACUCAAGAGACAAUGAGAAGGUAUCUCGAAACUUUUAUUAUUAGUGACAUUUUAUCAUCGACAGAGAUAAGAUCCUGCGGCCCGGCUAUUCAGGUCUAAAAAUUGUGUACCGGGUUUCCCCCCAAAAACUGGACACUCUUUGAUUGCAUGUCACGUAAAAGUUAUACAAGCUAUUGCAAUAAAAUAACGACCAUUGCAUUCAGAAAGAACUAACUUAGAUUUUGAUAUAUAACACUUGAAUUUAUAUGCAAUAUUGAGCGAGAUACAACCAAAACAAAAAUAUUAUUUAACAAGUAUAACUACAUCGGUAAUUAUAAGGUUGUUUUAUGCUAAUUUCUGGCAUUUUCAAAAACAGUAGUUCAACGUUCAACAUCAAUAGCGCAGGUCAAUAUUGUAUGUAAAUUCAAGUGCUGUAUAUCAAAAUCUAAGUUAGUCCUUUCUGAAUGCAAUGAUCUUUAUUUCAUUGCGAUGGCUUUUAUAGCUUUUACGUUACAUGCAAUCAAACAAACAGUUUCCAGUUUUUUGGGAGACACCCGGUAUAAUCUAAGAAUUGUAUAUGAUACUUGACUUAAUUCGCUGGCAGAGGUAUACACUCCCCAAGAGGUAUGCAGUCUCUCCCUCCACUUUCUAUUUGUACUCUUUUUUUUUAGUUUGUUCAACCACUCUACCUCUCCGGCCAAACCACUCGCAGUAAAAACCCAAGACUUCUGCUCAUGUUCUGGCUUGAAAUCUUUGAACGAAACAAGACGAUCUUGUCCACCUUCAACCACUUACCGACUCGUUACUAAACUAGCAGAUAUCACAGAAAGAAUCAUUGAUAAACAACAAAUAUUACUAAAGGGCUUAGGAUUAACUAGGAAACCACAUUUAGAACACGACGAAACUCUACAAGCGGACAGACCAAGUCAAUCAUUGAGUUACAAAAGAAGAGAGGAGAUUUGUCAUAAGAUUUUAAACGCAUCGGAUUCUUUACGAGUUUGUAAAAACAUCGUUGGUGAAGAACUUUGGCAGAAAAUUUGGCAGAUCUGUGUGGAGGAAACCCAGGUAAAGCUUCUUCAUUUGGCUACUAAACUUGGUUGCUAUUCUUCCUCGAAACAUCUUCAGGAUGUCCACGGGUUUUGAAAAUCCUGGAAAGUCCUUGAGUGUGAAAAAAUAAAUCCAGAUCUAGAAAGUCCUUGAAGAUUAGUAAGAUAAUUGCGGAUUACGAGAGAUACAAGAACCUGCAAAAUACAAGCAGAACUUCGACCGCGGCCCCUGAGCAGUUUUCUAAGUUUGAAAAUUUUCUUCGGGCAAUAAGAAAUGACCCUUACUUAACCUCUCGGGAGAACAGUUUAGAAGCAGCUAGGUUAGAAUCCCUGAGCCAAGAAGGAAUGACUUUUGCUGGACCCAAGCACUGAAUUUUAUUUUCAUUCAUUUUCACAUCAAACUGGCUAGGAUUUCAUCAAUGCGCUGUGUUUUUUUUCUUUCUUUUAUAAGGAAGGUCUUGAUAUGGCUUUAUUGAAAUCUAGUGGUGAAACAAUGACCACACUUUGUAAGCAGAAAGUAGAGAAUAUGAAAGACAAUUCAACCUUUCUCAGCCGAUGGAAGAAUGAGCUGUGUGAAAAUCGUUGUGGGCUCAAGGGCCAUUGUUUUCAAGGGCACUGUAAAUGCAACGAAGGUAUAGUGUUAGCAUAAAUGUGUGCUUAGGGUUUACAGAAUCAAUCUACUAGAAUAAUAUUACAAGUAGCUCGUUGUCUUUAUUCAAUUCUAAGAUCAUAGCAGCAAACCUUCACUCGUUUAGGGUAUGGUUCGACUGACUGUUCUGUCCGUUUGAACACACCACCGACAGUGUUUCCAUUAGACGAUCCGUUGUGCGAUGCUCGUAAAGAGAUAUGCAACGAAAUAUUUAUCUCAGGCUCAGCAUUCUUGAAUUUUGGAUCACUAUCGUGCUCAUUUACGCCUUUGCAGGUACAUUGUCUCACUUCACCUUGCCUCACUUUAAAGAAAUAUAGAAAGGAAAGAGUAAAAGCAUAGAUGAAAUAUUGAAUUGUGGCAGAGAGUCGGAAAUAUUAGGGAGGUAGACAGGCAAGAAAACAAGUAGGUAGGUGGAUAGGCAGGUGGAUGCGUUGGUAAGUAGGUGGGGUAGGUAGGUAGGUAGGUAGGUUGGUUGGUUUUGGGUAGGUUGGUAGGUAUGUUCGUGGGUACUGAUAGGUGGGUUGUUUGGUAGGUAGGUAGGUAGGUGGAUGGGUAGGUGGAUGGGUAGGUAGGUGGGUAGGUAAGUGGGUUGGUAGGUGGAUAGGUGGUAGAUAGGUAGAUAAGUAGAUGGGUGGGUAAGUGGGUUGGUAGGCAGGGUGGGUAGGCAUGUAGGUAGAUUGGUUGGUUGGUUGGUUGGUUGUCAGCUAGAUCUACUUGCUCAUACCUCUGACACUUUAUUGAUUUUCAGAAAAUUGGCGAAAGGUUGGAAGAGAACGAUCACGAAACGUUCACAGCUAAAGCUACAUAUUACAGUUUGCGUGGAGUGAUCUGCAGAAUCCCAGAGAAUCGACGCUCGAAAUUUAUCAAAUCUGAAGAGGCAUUUCACAUGCGAGUGUCCAAUAAUGGCUACCUGUGGAGUAAUCCUGUUUCCAGACUUGGCUACGACAGCUUGUGCAAGAACUGUACAACCGUUGGAAGAUGUACGACGAAAGUAAGAUCUUAUUUUGAUAAUAUGAAAUUGCAUUGACUCUACUUUGGGCUCACUUGACCGAUGCUUUGAUCUUCCAAGGUAGUACAGUGACUAGUGUGUGUGAUUUUUACCUCUGUGGUCGUCGAAAUAUGAUUUCUGCAAUGUGCAGUUGUAAGCCUGAACCAAUCCGGAUAAUCCUUAUUGGUUUAGAGUUAGAGUAAGGGAGAGCGUUUACGAACACUGACCUAUACUUAACCGAAAGUAGUAUACGACAGUGGUUUAGAACUGAUUGAGCGGACGCAGGUCAUAGUAUCUUGACUAAAAUGUCGUUUUAGAUUUCAUAUAGACCAGGUGAUCUGACGGUGAGCAAAAGGACUGGGACUAGCAACUGAAUAGAAAUCCAGUUUCGUACCUUUAAUCACUUGUCAUGCCCCGAUUCUUUUGUGAAACUGUUUGAAACUUUGUGUCUGUGUCUUGCACAGGGAAAUGAAUAUCUGGGACAAAUUUGAGAUAGAAAUCUAAUACCGUUAAUGAGAUAUUGAGUAAUUUUAAACCAGAAAUGGAUUUCUAUUUUACAACUAGUGCUAGGCCUUUUCCGAGUUCCGAGAUCACCUGGAACAGGAAAUCCUAUCCAGCAGCAAUGCAUAAAAUUAGCAUAGUUGAGUUCCCUCCUGUAGUAACACUGGAGCAAUAUAGCUGGCCCUUAUUUUACUAAGGAGAACAGUUCAGAACUGAUACAGCUAUCCAGUUUUGUUUUGUUUAAGUAACGAAAUCAGGUAUAUAACGAUGUAUUCUUUUUCUCUAGCCUGGGACGUGUUCUAUCGAUUCUCGUUGUUUUGUGAACGGUGCUCUUUCUCCAGAGAAUCCAUGUUAUAAGUGCUUUUCUGUAGAUGACGCUCACAAAUGGACGUCGCGCUCAGGUGAGUGCAGUGCGUCACUGUUUUUAUUAGACUAAAGUUUCUAUUAGACUAAAGUCUUUAUUGAAGUUAGUAUUCACUUUCAUUUCAGAUAACCUCCCACCAUUAUUCAACACUCCAACAGAAGACAACACGACUAUUCAUGUGGGUGAUGAAAUAUCGUUUAUAGUCAACGCCAGCGACCCAGAGGGGAAACCACUGAAAAUUACACAUGAUGUUCCACAGGCCCAACUCACUCCUGACGGCAAGUUCCGAUGGAAGCCCGAGAGAAUAACGACUCGAACUAUUCAGUUUUUAGCAACGGACAAUUGUGGGCGAACUGCGUCGAAAUAUGUGGACGUUGUUGUCCGAAAAUGUCCGUGUAAAAAUGCUGGAAAAUGUAUCGAAAUCUCCAAAGAUGAGUUCAAUUGUUCCUGUCCAGAAAAUUUCAAAGGUGUUUAUUGUGAGAUGAAGGUUUCGCCAUGUAUGCCGAAUCCAUGUAUUCACGGCAAGUGCGAGAAGAAUGGGAACGACUUUCGAUGUAUGUGUGACCUUGGUUACCAUGGCAACUUAUGUCAUCUUAAACGUCCGGCAUGUUAUUCGAGUCCUUGUAACCAUGGAAAAUGCGAAGAGAUUGGGGACGGAUUUCAGUGCAAGUGUCCACGUUUUUACGGCGGCGGUCUCUGUGAGAUUGAACUGAGUCUUUGUGCUAGGGAUCCCUGUGUGCGCGGUCGUUGCCGUAGCAACAGUGACGAAUCAUUUCACCAAAGCAAUAAUACUCAAUCAUUUGAAUGCGUUUGCCCGCAAGGUUUUCAUGGGAAAUUUUGUUCCAAACGGACUACCGCUUGUCAGCCAAAUCCGUGUCAUCGCGGGCGCUGUAUUGAUCUGAGAUUUAAUAACAUGCGUUGCGUAUGCCCUCCGAAGCGUCACGGGAAAUUUUGUAACAUGACUGGACUUUAUUGUGGAAAUACGCGGUGUGUAAACGGUGCCUGCGAUACGACUGGUCAGACGUGUGUUUGCCACAAAUAUUAUAUCGGCAAACAGUGUGAUACUUCAUGUAACAUUGACUGCGUGAACGGCACGUGUUCGUGGACCCCUAGUGGGACUGUGUGUGUCUGUCACGCGGGAUAUACAGGCCCAAGCUGUAAGAUAAAAACCAAGUCAUGUGAAUCAAGCCCUUGCGUACAUGGAAUUUGUAUAAACGUUAACUUGGGCCAUCUGUGUCACUGUUACCCAGGGUACAGUGGUACUUCAUGUAAUACCUCAGCAUGCUCUACAGUCAACUGUCAUAAUGGUACUUGCAUCCUUGUGAAUGGUGAACCAGUUUGCCGCUGUGCUAGAGACUACAUUGGUCCCUUCUGUAACAGACGGAGACAGCCCUGUGAUGCGAGCCCUUGUUUCAAUGGUCUAUGCAUUGCAACUGAGGGCAACUCGUUUACUUGUUCAUGCAAUCCCGGUUUUCAAGGUUCGCUUUGUAACGAACGAAUCAACCCAUGCUUAUCAAAACCCUGCGGUGUAGGGCAAUGUUUGCUGAACUCUAACGGUACAUUUUCAUGCAAGUGUCCAUCAGGUUAUCUCAACCCAUUUUGCAAAGAAGAAAGAAAAACCAGCCCUUGUGACAUGAAUCCAUGCGUCCAUGGAAAAUGCGUGGUCGUUUCGGAUACUGAUUUUCGAUGCAAGUGCGAACGUUCGUACGUUGGUCGCCUGUGCGAGAAACGUUUCGAUAUUUGCGCGUCCAGCCCGUGCGUGCACGGUCGUUGUUCGUCCGUGCUUGAAGGAACGUUUACGUGCGCAUGUGAUUCGGGUUUCUCCGGCGCGUUAUGUCAAAUCGAUCAUCGGCCGUGUUCCAAGAAUCCGUGUUUUCCAGGAGUAGGAUGCAGCAAUGUGGAUGAACUAACGUUUAGAUGUGCGGAAUGUCCGUCUGGGUACGUUGGUGAUGGAAUAAAGUGUCAUGUUGGUAAGUAAGAGGGGGUGAACUAAUAAUCCUUAGGUAGAGAAAAGGGUUGAGUAAACAACAUUUUGACUGAGUAAAAGGUUGGGUAAAUGAAAACCCAAAACCAUUCAAGGGUUGGCCAAAGCAUGACUCACUCAAAUAUUGAAGACUGAAGAGCAGUAUCAACAGUCGUAUUUGACUAUCUUGAUCAUUUUCAAGUGACUAUCUUGAUCAUUUUCCGAUUUGCCCGGAGGCAAAUAUGGUCAAAAGAAAGUGCAUGUGCAGACAACAUGAAACUUUCGACUACAGAAAAUUGCACAAGCAAUUAUAAAACUGAUGCACAGAAGUGGUUCAGGACAUGUGUGACAACUGAAUGGUAUCCUGAAUUGUGUGUAAAGUUUUUGUCCCGGGGUUGGUAUUUAUUUUUUAAUUGAUAUUUGAGGAGCAACUGCGAAAGGCCCUCGGCUGCAAUCGAACCUGCGGCCCUGCGAUUCAUCUGGACUCUGUAGCUCAGUUGGUUAGUGUCCUGCAUCGUUUUCGGAUAUCUAGUCUCUAUAUUUAUAUUUUCUUCUUAAAUAUGAUUGAAGAUGAAGUGAAGAAGAGUGUGAGUCUGCCAUGUCCACGUCAGUUUUGCUUCCCUGGAGUCCAGUGUUCUAUCGCUCAUUCUCAGAUUCGUUGUGGGCCGUGUCCACUUGGUUUCUUUGGUAACGGUUUCCAGUGUAGAGGUAUAUUUUAUUCCUUUUUAACUUUGAAUGAGAAUGAAGAAUUCAGACCUGAUAAGCUAUCUUAGUCAUCACCCUGUCUCAUCUGUUUGACUUCAAUCUAAUAUAUGUUUCUUUCUUAGUGUUAUGUGAGCUCCCGUGUCAAAAUGCAGGCGCGUGUGUGGCUCCCGGGGUGUGCAGGUGUCGCCGGGGGUUUAUUGGGAUUACUUGUGCCAGAGGUACAGUAUUUUCGUACAUUAUAUAUACGUAUUAUAAUAGGUAAUAAACCUCGCUGGGCGGUGACAUUACCUCAUUCGCUACCUAUACUGUCACCCAACAUUCUUGAUGAUAUAAUGAUCUAUCUACUUUUUUCUCUGUUAAUUUGUAGCGUUCUGUAAGAAACGCUGUUUAAAUGGUGGGCGUUGUAUAGCACCAGGAAAAUGCCGUUGUCCUAUGGCUUACUUUGGUGAAAGAUGCGAGAAUGGUAAGACGUUUUUUGUCAUUAUUUGGAAUGAUGUUGUUGUUGUCGUUGUCGUUGUCGUGUCGUUGUUGUCGUUGCUGUUGUUGCUGUCGUCGUUGUUGUCGUUGUCUUACUUUGGUGAAAGAUGCGAGAAUGGUAAGACGUUUUUUGUCAUUAUUUGGAAUGAUUGUUGUUGUUGUCGUUGUCGUUGUCGUGUCGUUGUUGUCGUUGUUGUUGCUGUCGUCGUUGUUGUCGUUGUCGUUGUUGUUGUCGUUUCUUGUUGUUGUUGUUGUUGUUGUUGUUGUUGUUGUUGUUGUUGUCACAUUCAGCAUGAGAAAUAAGACAAUUUCUUUCCACAGCACGAUGCAAUGUGAAAUGUAUGAAUGGUGGAAUAUGUAUCCCGCCCGGGAAAUGCCGCUGUCUUCCUGGUUAUGCGGGCCCGUUUUGUGACCAACGUAAGUCGUAACUGAUAAAGUCAUAACGUUUGAGUUUCACUAAGCACUAUCGUGCAGGAGAUGAUGGUCAACUUAUGAUGAUGAUAAUUGGUAUCCAUCUUCUCUUUCUAGCUGUUUGUCCGUUGAGAUGUCUUAACGGGGGACAGUGUGUGAAACCAGGGAAAUGUCAGUGUUUGCCGGGAUACUUUGGGACACGAUGUCAAGAAGGUAAAGGAUCUUAGGUAUCGCUAGUUUAAGACAGAUGAAGCCUGGGUAAUCCAAAUCAUAUUUCAGAAACUUGAGAACAUAGCCCAACACAAAAUAAUUUUACCUUUGAUCGUCGUCCAUUAUUAAUAUAGAAGGUGAUAUAACUAAUUGCACCGUUGUUCCACUUUAUAUAUGCUUGCAGUAUUAUCUUAAAAUAUCUUUCACAGGGCCGUCUAACUUUCCGUUUGGGUCGGACAUAUGUAAGAUGAUGUGCAUGCGAUGACCUUCAGUUCAGUUUGGCUCAGAAAUAAGUCUGAAUGACACAAUAUAUUGAUUCUGAACGGUAAAUGUUGUAAAGAUAUUAAAUAAUUUGUGUCAUUCAUACUUAUUUCCAAUCCAAAAUUAACUUGCUUGCCAAUACCAUCAGUAAGACUUCGACAACUUAAUCCCGUUUUCCACUUAACCAUUUCGCUCACCGCCCCGCGCUCAAUUACAUUAAAACAACAUUUCCAGUUCACUAUACUCUGAUUCACCAUUUAACAUACGAGCCUCUAGGAUACUCGGGUUUUGUAUGACGGGAUACUUUGCAUGUCGAGCAAAGCAGUUGAAAUCAUCUGAGGUAAAGAUAGAAAAGUUCACGAAUUUCAUAGCAGAUUGAUUGGUGACCACGCCCUUUUUUCGGGCAAGAAGAACUCCCAACCCCCUAAUACGUACAGUUAAGUUGGGCCCCUGGAUUUCUUCCUCUCUACGUCGGAUAAUUUCACGAAUAGGUCGGACAAUGUCCAUAAUUUUAAAGCCUGAUUAACCGAUUGCCACAGUAGUCCCACCGUAGCCUUCAAUUUCCCGAACUCUUUCUACAUGAAUUUUCCAAACCAAAUCAUGACCCAACUCACGAUCUCAGAGGAUUAUCAUAAUCAUUUUUCCUUCACCAGUACCCUGCGUCUUCCGGACAAAAUUCUUAUAUCAGUAUUCCUUCGUUAUCUAGGAACAUGCACACCACAAUGCAGAAAUGGGGGAAUCUGCGUGAGGAACAACGUUUGCUCUUGUCCAGAAGGUUACCGAGGCAGUCGCUGCCAGACUGGUAAGGGUACGUUUUCAAAUAUCAGGAUUUUUUUUUGGGUGGGGGGGGAGGGCGGGGGGAAUCUCACUCGAUUUGAAGGGUUUUAUAGAUGGAAAUGUUGAGUGUAAAUGUUAUUUACAUUAUUGCAUGGUGUUGAUGUAGCUAAUUAUUUUGCUACAACGUUUGCUUGAGACCGAUUGUUGAAAAGCGUGGAUAAAUGUAACCCUGGAUCGCCCUGGAGACGGUUAUUUAUUUUAACCCAACCCUGGCUGACCAAUCCCUGGAUUAAAUUAGACGUUGCUCAUUGUCGAUUAGCAGUGCGGUUUAGUCAUUAUCUGGGUUAAUGCUAGCCUGCGCGCAGACACUACACCCGAAAAUGUCGGGGAUUAUGCUAAUUUUUGUCAAAAGUUGAAUGAUGGAAAUUAAGGAACUGGGGCCGGUUUAGACUUUCGCAAAGACGUUCGUCUUUACUUCGAACGAAGAAAUUUUCGAGGAAGUACUUGACAAACGAUGUACGAAGGCCGGAUAGCGCAAUUCAGCGGAUGUCGAUUUUUUUCUUGUAUUCUAAAAUUGUCCUUUUAUUGGUAUAACUCAGAUUAAACUUCAGUAUUUAUAAAAUAAAUGGGGUUUUUUAUUAAUUGAGUUGCCCGUAUCCAUAGUUUUAGUCUUUUUUACAACAGUUGAAAAUAUACCAGGGCCGUGAGCGCAUGUCCAUAUAAUUUAAAAAGCCUCGAUAUUCGAAGCCAUUUUUAUAAACAAAACAACCGAGAAAUAUGAGAAAUAAGAAUUCAUUGACCCGUAUAACAGUCAAGUUUUGAACUGUAUCGAUCGUUAUCCCAUGGCUGGGCAGUAUUUGAUGUUCAUUCAUUGCUUGAAAAAUAUUGUCAUUUUUCCAGCUGUUUGUCAACGGCAAUGUCAAAAUGGAGGACGUUGUUUCAAGAAAGAUCAAUGCUCUUGCCCAUAUGGAUAUUGGGGAGAUGUUUGCCAAUAUGGUGAGAAACAUUGAGUGUUAUUUUUGUUUUAUUAUCCCUGGAUUAUCGUAUGUAAACAGCUUUUCAUGAAUAAUGUAUUUGAGGAGGGCAUAGAUUUAAAUCCUGUCUGCAUCUUCUACAAGAACGUAAGUGUUAUUUUUUGUGAGAACAAAGUAAAUACCAAGCGUCAUUUUCUGUCACAUACUAAGCAAAUCACUGUCUCGAGCAGAAAAGGGCAGAGUGCGGUCUUUCAGGACAUUUUUAGACAAACUCUGAAUCAAACGUUGUUCGUUAGCUCUCCUUGAAGUUAUUUAAACUCUACAGUUGUCUUUAUGACAAUCUCGUUACCAGAGCAUGCCCGUUCACAGGGUAGGGUACGCCCAACCCUAACCUGCGAACGGGCAUGCUCUGGGAACGAGAUUGUCAUUAUGAUGGUAUGUUCAUUUGGUUUUCCCAUUUCCAAUUUCCCAUUUUACUCCUGUCAGGACCUUACCUUCCUACGGGCAGGGCUGCAAAAACAUAUUUUAUUUUCAGUUGCCAACGAAAGCAUUUUCUGCAAGUAAACGACAACAAAUAGUUAUGGUUUUGAAAAGUUUAUCACAACUAAAUAAAAUUCAGUGAUAUUCUAGACAAAUUCUAGACAUAUUUCGGUCUUGGAAAUAGACCUUUUUCUAACAUGGCUACCGAAUAAAUAUAAUUCUAUUAUGCCAUAAAUUAGCCCUUAUGUAUCUGUGGUAAACUCGGAAAAGUAUGCAUAUUAAAAUUAGUAAAAUACACUUUCGAUUUAAGAUUUUUUAUCUUUUACGAUUUUUUCGAUGAGAUAAUUCAUGAGAAUUAUUAAUAAGAAUUACUAUUAUUUUUUUCAGUAUAUUGUGUUCGUCCAUGUUUAAAUAACGGUGUGUGUGUCAAGCCAAAUGGUUGUCUCUGUCCGAAAGAUUAUGCUGGAGUUGCCUGUCAGCUAUAUGGUGAGUGUUUCUUGCUAAUAAAAUUAACCUUCUACUAUUAUAGAGGUAUUUCCUAUACAAUUUGAUUAUAGAGGUGAAAGCCGGAACGUGCGCUCAGGGGGCGUAGUCGGUCCUGAACUAGUGGGGGGGGGGGUGGUCCAAUCGUCGAAUACACAGAACAAGUAGAGGGUGUUCGGCCAUCCGUCCCCGCGGAAAAUGUUUCUAUUUUUAGAAGCAUUACGAGGUUAAGCCCCCCCCCCCCAGUUUCUCCUUAGUUUUGGAAAAAUAGGAAAAUUGGUCCUGAAGUUUUCAAUUAUUUUUUCCUUAGUUGGAUAAGGAGAUUUUCCACGUAGUUGUUAUGAAUAUGGUUAUCUCGCCAAGUCAGAUGAGCUGGCAGACAUACUUUUUCCUGCAUCUAACUACGGUAUACAAAUAAGGGAAUGUCCAUUGGAUAAGGUUUUGUGUGACGUGAUUCCGUUCGUCUGUCUUCUUAUAGCCGAUCAUGGCUCUCGACCAAUGAAAGGGCUUGAAUACUUGAAUACAUUAUUUUAUGAUAAAUAUGGAUGUUAAAGCCAAGCGCGAACGUUAACUAGGUGGAAUCUAACUGACUCAAUUUGUAUCCUAAGUUAGUCGAAUGCAAUCUAAAUCCAUAUAGGCAUCAGGCCAACAUCAGGCCUGUUUUAUACGUCGAAUUUUGGUCGCGUCGAAUGUAAUUAAGACAAUAGAUAAUGAGAUGACAAACCUCAUUAAACUUCAUAAUUAUCUAUUGUUUGAAUUGCAUUCGACGCGACCGAAAUUCGACGUAUAAAACAGGUCUAAAAACUCCUACUGUUUAAUUAUUAUGCGUAUCGCCUGGUAAUUGAAAUAGCAUAUAAAUAUUCACCGCCCCACCCGGAACAUGGUAAUAGACGUUUAAUUUUUAUCAGGUUUCAUCAUUUCAUAAAAAUGUAAAUAUUAAUACUGCCAUCUUCAAUAUCGCGUAAAAUUAGAAUAGAUGCUUUAAGUACUAUUUAAGACAAUAGAUAGAUAUUUAGUUUUAUUACCUACCAUAAAUUUACAAUUUCAGUAAGUGCUGUAGUUCGCAUCAUUCUAUGUCAUAUAUAAUAAUUUAACGACUGUUCUGUAGUAUGAGGUAAGGC